GGCCAUAUGCCUUUUGAAGCGUCUCUUUCUCGUAGGCAUAUGUGCCCUACUCGUAACUGACAGUUGCCAUAGACGGGGAAAUGAAUUCAUCUUUGUAAAUAAUCCCAUGGAUAAAUGUCAACAGACAUCUAGUUUAUUUAUUUCAGGACCCGAGCCAAAGUGACUACCAGAAUACUAAGUUAACUGUGUGCGUCUUACAGCCGUGUGGAAAAGAAACGAGGAAACAGGCUAACUUUAGGCUAACAUUAACGUUGCUUUUUGAGAAGAUGUCAAAAUUUAAUUUCAGCUUCAGGAGAAGCGAAAGGAAAGCAUUUAAGCACAUAGCUCACGGUCUGAUCCCUGCUGCCACCAUCGCCCCCAGACCUGCCGUGCCUCGCACCCCUCCCCCCCGCAGCCCCAACCCCUCCCCAGAGAGACCCAGGUCAGCUCUUGCGGCGGCCAUCUUGACCUCCUCUCUGACGGGGCGCACAGUGGCCAUCCCCCCUGUCCGCGCACGCUCAUUCUCUGAGAGUGACUGCUUGCGCUCAGAACACUCCGACGACUUCCAGCCCUUCGCCACCACUGCCCUCUACACAAGAGACCGCUGGUCAGAUGUUCCUGUGGGCCUGAGACCUCGCUGCCCCUCCCCUGGCCGCUCUGCAGAGGAUGAGGAUGAUGAAGAGGAGGAGGAGGAGGAUGAAGGCCUAGAGGAGGAGGAGCUGUCGGAGGACGGACACGUGUACCAGUCCGUGGAGAACCCCAUCAGAAGCCCGUCGCAAGAUCUCAUCUACGCCGUCCCCCUCAAACUGAGAGCCUCCCAGUCAGAUGGAGAUAUACUGACAGAGGACAGCACUUUUGACAUAGUCUCACCCCUGCACACAGAAGAAGAGAUCGAAGAGGAGCCAAUAGAGAAGCGGCGGAGGUCUUCACCAUCACACACUCUCUCUACUCCGAUUCAGCCAAGACGUGCCUCACCUCCCCAGCCGAGAACACAGUCACCCACACACACCAGCACGCACACACACACACCUCCACACACCAGUACACACACCAGCAGACACGCAACGAGCUCUCCCAAGGCCAUGCCCUCUCCAGGCCUCCGUGUGGACCGUGCUGAGGUGAUGGAGACCAGUAGGAAGCAGCAGCAGAAGAGGAGCUCAGAGACGAGCCGGACAGGGCUGGGCUCGGAGGCGGGGGAGGCGUACCGCGAGGCCCUGGAGGUGCAGAGGGAGCUGGUGCGGGCGCUGCAGGAGCAGACGCGGGGGCUGGGCGGGGAGAAGCAGGCCCUCAGGAGGAGGUGCGAGGAGCAGGGGCACCUCCUGCAGGAGAGCCAGCAGCGCCUCCUCGCCCUGGAGAGGGAGCUCAGCACUGCCCUCAGGGACAACAGCCCACACACAGGUGAGACGGCGGAGCUGCAGAGUCUGCGUCAGCACGCCCAGGAGCUGGUGGACGAGAAUGACGCGCUCAAAAUGACCGUGCACCGCCUCAACGUGGAGCUGAGCCAGUACCAGGCACGCUUCAGACCACUGUCCAAAGAGGAGAGUGCUAGGACACCAGGGUUGCCAGUGAAAGGCCCAUCUCCUCCGUGGUUGCUGGACAUGAAGUAUUUAUCUCCGCUGCUGUUGGCCUAUGAGGACCGGCUAGUGGAGAAGGAUGCGCUCCUACACUCCUGUGCGGAGGAGGUGAGGAAGUUGCGUGUGCAGACUGAGGAGGUGGUGAAGGAGAACGAGAAACUUCAUGAGCAGAUGAGCAAGACGGGAGGCAUCAGCCACAAAGAGUGGAAGCAGCUACAGGAGCAGGCUCGUCUGGUUCUGGAGGAGAACCAGGUUCUUCUGGAGCAGCUGGAGGUGCAGCAGGCCAAAGCCAAAGAGAGCCAGAACCGUCAUCAUCAAGAGGUGGCUAAAGUGUCCAAGCAGCUGGUGCUCCAGGAGGAUGAGCUGUUGCGCCUGCAGAGGGAGCUAGAGGACACGCGCCGCGAACUACACACUCUCCAACACCAGGAGGCCGCCACCCGGCAACAACACCAGAGUGAUAUCAGCCAACUCACACGGCGUGUGGAAGAGGAGGAGCGCCGUUGGCGGGGGGAGCUGGAUGAGCUGCUGGGGAAGAUGGCGGCUGUGCAGGCGGAGCGGCAGAGUCUGGUGCGGGACCAGGGCCAGCUCCACGCCAACACCCAGAGCCUGGAGGCCGAGCUGGAGCGCUCACGCCACGCACACAGAAAAGCCCAGCGACGUGCAGAAGCCCUGAAGCAGCAGCUGGAGGAGUCCAUGGAUAAGGAGCUGACUGCCCUGCACUACCUGGCUGGAGUGGUGGGACUUGCUGAGAAGACCACACAGGAGAGAGACCAGCUCAUACACAUGGCCUCAGCGCUGGAGAAGGACAAACAGGACGUCCUCACCCGCACCAUCCAGGGCACCGUGCAGCUCGCCAAGCUACAGGAGAAGGUCAAGGUGUAUAAGCGGGAGGCGUUGGGCAGUGUGAGCGGUCUCGGCCGGCGUCUGGUGGAGCAAGAGGAGGCGUUUGCUGGUCAGGCCGAGAGCUUCCUAAGGGAGCGCCAGCACCUGGCACAUCUUCUCAGGGACAAGCAAGAGGCACUGGACGGAGCUUUGCAGCAGAAGAGGGAGGUGGAGUUUGAGCUGGAGGCAGUGUGGGAGUCCGUCUCCAGAGAAAGCCAGCGUAUCCGUGACGCCGCGCUGGAGUCUCCUGCAUCAGGGAUGCUGGUUGCCCUGAGCGACGGCCUCCCUGCUGACUGGACCCCUCCUGGAGGGUCGCCCCGAGGCCACCUGCACAGCCCCCUCCCCCUGGCAGAGUCAGCAAAGCGCCCCCUAGAGGCCAGUCCACUAAACCCACUGGAGUUCUAUUCCUGACUACUGUCUCCGUGUGUGUUUGAGGAGGCCACUGCAACACACACACACACACACACACACAUAUGCACACACUCACACACACACGUGCACACACUCACACACACACACACACACACGUGCACACACACACACACGUGCACACACGUACUCACACACACACACACACACACACACACACACACACAUACACAUACACAUACAAAUACACACACACACAAAUCCUGUAAUUUGUGGACCCAGACUCUUGAAGGCCAGACUCUUAAAGGCCAUUCAGACUUCUCUGACCUAUCCUCCAAGGAGCUUCUUUAGAUCAUGUGACCAAAAAGCAGAACGUUGUUCCUCCCAUAUCACUAUGGAUACCUCUCAUAGGUUACUGGUGCUGUUCAGCAGACAUGCUACUCGUGGAUGUCCAAUCAGAAGAUUCGUCUCUCUGCCACUCAGAGGGCUGUUAUAACACUUAAUUUUAGCCUUAAGCACUGUUCUUAAUGUUUUUAAUGUUUUUAGAAUGUGUGUGUUACCAGAAAAGCCAUAUGUUUCAUGUAUAUUUGUGUGUGUGACUGUGUGUGUGUGUGUGUGUGAGAGGUGCCUGCAUUCCAGACAUGUGCAUAAGAGGUGCGUGCCCUACAUCAUGUAUGUGUGUGUGUGUGUGUGUGUGUGUGUGUGUGAGAGAGUGUCUCUGUGUCUGUGUGUAUGUGCAGUAUAAGGUGCAUUAGACUUGGAUUUGCUGUCAUAAUAGCACACACAGGUUAAGUUUGUGCUCUAAAUCUACACAGUCAUCCUUACAUAGAACUUAACAUUCAGCUUUACUCUCAUCAUCUUUAUUUUCACUUCUAUAGCAUUGCAGUCAUCCUUACAUAGAUCUGUUUCAUUAGCUCUGGAUUCCCCUUGAUCACUUGAUGAACCCCUAUGCAUAACAGCAUCACAGCAGCUAUGCGAUAGGGCCUGCCACGCUCCUCCUGCUGCUGCUCUGCCCAGAGCCCAGGUGCCUUAUGGGAAUCCUACCUGCUGCUUCCAGUGCUGUAUGCUCGGGUGACCCAGAGGAUACUACACCAAACACUAGCAUGGGACGGCGCUGUUUUACACUACGCACAGAACCAAACUCUAGCAUGGGACAGCGCUGCUCUGGUAAACACAGAACCAAACUCUAGCAUGGGACAGCGCUGCUCUGGUAAACACAGAACCAAACUCUAGCAUGGGACAGCGCUGCUCUGGUAAACACAUAACCAAACACUAGCAUGGGACAACGCUGUUAUACGCUACACACAGAACCAAACACUAGCAUGGGACAGCGCUGCUAUACACUACACACAGAACCAAACACUAGCAUGGGACAGCGCUGCUAUAUACGCUACACACAGAACCAAACACUAGCAUGGGACAGCGCUGUUAUACGCUACACACAGAAACAAACACUAGCAUGGGACAGCGCUGUUAUACGGGCAGAGGUACAGCGCUAAUGAUGCACAGCUCAUUUCUAUUUAGUCACGGACUUGCACAUGCACUUGAGUGCUCACUGAUUUUGUACCAGAGAAACACAUAAAAUACAUGUGCUGUGUGUGUUAGACGAGAGUGUGUGUUAGAAGAGAGUGUGUUUCUUGUGCUGUGAGAAUAAAGGGAGAAUCAUUAAGAAUGAACACUGAUGACCUGGAGCCCAUUAUCAUACCCAUUAUCAAUUAUGUGUGUGUGUGUGUGUGUUUGCUGAUUGUGUAUGGGGACUCGGUAGCAGCGAGGUCUUCUUAUUAAUAUGUGUAAUUGAAGUCUUGUUCCACUGACGCUGGGGGACAGCGGUCAUCACCGCUGUGGCUUUGGCCUUUUCUACAGGUGUGGAUGGACAGGGUCAUGACCCCUGCGGCUUUGGCCUUUUCUACAGGUGUGGAUGGACAGGGUCAUGACCCCUGCGACUUUGGCCUUUUCUACAGGUGUGGAUGGACAGGGUCAUGACCCCUGCGGCUUUGGCCUUUUCUACAGGUGUGGAUGGCUGUAAAAGCUGAC